GUGUUACGACUAAUUCUUUAGUCUUCGAUAGCUCACUAGAUUGCCAUAAUUACAAUUUACAAGAACAACAACGUCGUCGUCGUCGUCGUCAUCAGUAUCACAAAUUUAGCAUAUCCUUAUACCGCCCUUGAAAUUCUAAAGAACAAAACCCCACGCAGGUCCGCAGGUAGUUACGGUUUGUCUCUGUCCCGGUUUGCGCCCGCACGCACUUCAAAGUUUUCUUUUGGUCUAUCUAAGUCCAGAAAUAGAAGAGAGAGAUGAAGGACCAGAAGAGUGAGAGCGAUGGUGGGUAUGUGAGAGCAGAUCAAAUAGAUCUCAAGAGCUUGGACGAGCAACUGCAAAGGCAUUUGAGUAGGGCAUGGACUAUGGAAAAAAACAAAAACAAGAAAGAUGGAGAUCAAGGAGAAGGAGAUAUUGAAGAAACCCCAAGACUCGCCAAUAACAAUAACAGUACCACCAUAGCAAGACAAGAAUGGGAGAUUGACCCCUCCAAGCUCAUCAUCAAAAGUGUUAUAGCUCGCGGCACCUUUGGCACCGUUCACCGUGGCAUUUAUGAUGGCCAAGAUGUUGCUGUUAAGCUUCUCGACUGGGGGGAGGAAGGCCACCGGUCAGAUGCCGAGAUAGCUUCUCUUAGAGCAGCUUUUACGCAAGAAGUUGUCGUUUGGCACAAGCUUGAUCAUCCCAACGUGACUAAGUUUAUUGGAGCUACAAUCGGCUCAUCAGAGUUAAACAUACAAACAGAGAAUGGUCACAUUGGCAUGCCAAGUAAUAUUUGCUGUGUUGUUGUCGAAUAUUGCCCUGGGGGUGCUUUGAAAUCUUACCUCAUAAAGAAUUGGAGAAGGAAGCUUGCUUUCAAAGUGGUUAUUCAAAUGGCACUAGAUCUUGCACGAGGGUUGAGCUAUCUCCACUCAAAGAAGAUUGUCCAUAGAGAUGUUAAAACUGAAAACAUGCUUCUGGAUAAGACACGUACAGUGAAGAUAGCUGACUUUGGAGUUGCUCGCCUUGAGGCAUCAAAUCCUAAUGAAAUGACCGGCGAGACCGGAACCCUUGGGUACAUGGCACCAGAGGUUCUCAAUGGCAAUCCAUAUAAUAGAAAGUGUGAUGUGUACAGUUUUAGUAUCUGUCUGUGGGAGAUAUACUGCUGUGACAUGCCAUAUCCCGAUCUCAGCUUCUCAGAAGUGACAUCUGCUGUUGUUCGACAGAAUCUAAGGCCAGAAAUUCCUCGCUGUUGCCCGAGCGCUCUUGGAAAUGUAAUGAAGAGAUGCUGGGAUGCUAAUCCGGACAAACGGCCAGAGAUGGAAGAGGUUGUCUCCAUGUUAGAGGCAAUUGACACGUCCAAGGGUGGAGGUAUGAUUCCUUCUGAUCAGCCUCAAGGUUGUCUCUGUUUUCGCAGGUAUCGAGGGCCGUGAAAGACUUCCUCCAUGAAUUAAACAUCAUCAGGAUAUCGACAGUGAAUCCUAUUGACCACUUCGCCUCUUGUUUUAUUCAAGACACUGGCUUUAAAGAGCUGGGGGUGUAGUCUGCAGAGGCUAUAUGCUAAAGAGGAGCUCUGCGAUCCCUGUCUUUCUUGGACAAUGGAUUCUGUUUUAUUUCUUAAAAGUCACACCUCAGUUCUUGCUUUGUUUUAUGUAAUUGAUUGAACAUUAAUAUAAUGGAUGGGCCCUGUACACCUGUGGUUUUUUUUUAAGCAAA